AUGAAACGGAGCUUCCUCAGGCAGGCUCUGCCCUUGUGGCUACUGCGCAGCGUGACUGCGGCAGACAUCCUGGAGCAGUGGAUCCACCCACUGGAACGAGAGCCCUUCUUCAACGAUGUCUUCGAGAGGACCUGGGCGCACUUCCCCCACCCGGAGCCUUUGGUGCCGAUCACUUUGGACCACGUGGUCGAGUGGAUCCGAAGCCAAGGCAGCUCUCAAGAAACGCUGGAGCUCUUGAGGCACCCGGUGACCCAGAAGUCCUUUCGGCCUUCCCCGACGGCCACCAGCAGCCUUCAACAGAUCUCCGAGGCUUUUAUGCAAGGCUUCUCCAUGGUCAUCAACUCUUUGCACAAGUGGUCGGAGCCUGGGGCCCGCUUGGCGAAGCAGCUUUAUGCUGCUGCCUACCUUCCCGUGGACGUCUACAUGUACCUCACCCCUCCCCACUCACACAGCUACGGCCUGCACUCCGACGUGAUGGACGCUUUCAUGGUGCAGCUGUCAGGUCGCAAAGAGUGGACGGUUUGCGACGUUCCCAGCUGGAUGGCUCCGCGGCAGCUGCCGGAGAAGAUCCUGGAGAACUUCAACGUCUCGUGCUCCAACGUCACUUUGCAAGGCGGUGAUGUCAUGUACCUUCCUUUCGGCACCCUGCAUCGAGCUAACACUGACUCUGACUUCUCCAUGCACUUGACGGUGAACUUGGAGCGGCAGUUUUAUGUCUGGCAGGCGCUCUUCCUUGCAAUGAUCCACAAGGCCCUGCAGCCAAGCCUUCGCAUCAAGAAGUUCGCCUUGGGCCGUGACUUCCAGCCAGACGACGACGAGCUUCCUCUGGUGGCUUUCCUUUCACAGCUCACGGCCUCCGUCCCUGAGAUGGCCCGGGUGCCGGGCUUCAGCAUUUCGGGCACUUCUGCGGUGAAGCUCUUGACGUCUCUCUGCAACCAGGACUUGCCGGAAGAGUACCUUCCGCUUCUGACAAAGGAGUUCCAGGAUCUGACCAGCCGCCUGGAGGCUGCGGCUUCCAAGAGCAAAAGGCAGACCUUGAAGCUGAAGGGGAAAGCCGUGUCGAUCCCGAAGACCUUGGAAAAACUGAGGGAGGAGCCUCCUCAUCUCCUGUGGGCUCUGGAGCUCGCCCGAUUCCAUUCCAUGAAGCACAACUCUGUAAUGGCCGAGCCGAAUCCCUUUGUCUCCUUGUCCACAGCCCGCUCCAAGGAUCCAAAGGCCUUCCUUGGCCUCCCGCUGUCCCAGUUCCCCCAGAAGGCUCUAAGUCUCAGCCUUCCCGAGGACGCUCGCCUCGUGCGUGCCCCGCAGUUGCGGGCGCUGCUCCUUUCCGAGGAGAACGUGACGAAGCUUUGGGUGAACGAGGAGACCUUCCAGCUGCGCCCGGAGGAGGUCCCGGCGGCGCUCUUCUGCCUGGGGCUCUUCGCCCAGAACACCUCCCGAGGCCAAGCCUUCCACUUGAAAGACGUCCCCACCGGAGCGACGAACCUCCUCCCGAAGCUCCUCAGCCUCGGUGCCCUGCUGCUGAUCUAG